AUGAAUCGCCUCCGCGCCCUCCGCUACUUGGGGGGAGCCCUUGCGGCUUCAGGAGGGGGGUUGGGCUCUUCUGGAGUGCCUGCAGCGUGUAAGGAACGAGGAAGCAACGGGGGAGACAAGCAGCAGCAGCAGCAGCAGCAGCAGCAGCAGCAGCCUGGUUUUUUGGGGGAUUGGUUACAGAAGCCUCCUGCAGCAAUCGGUAAUGCUGCUGCUGCGCGAUGGCGCAUGCGAAACCUUUUGACUUCUUUACAGGUUCGUUUGCAUUUACUAGAUUUACCUGUGAGUUUUGAUGAGGCUACAAAGAAAGAUAGUGUGGGGGGGCAGAUGAAGGAGGAGAAGAGAGAACCAACAACAGCAACAGCAACAACAGCAACAGAAGCAGCAGAAGCAGCAGCAGCAGCAGCAGCAGAGAGCGGGAAGGGGCUUCAGAAUAAGAAGAGGCUUAGGGUGGUUGUAGUGGGUGGUGGUUGGUCUUCAUCAUCGUUUGUUUCGUCUCUAGACCCUCAGACUUCGUCUUCAGGAGAGAGGGGGUCUUGGGAAGAGGCUUAUGAUUAUUUAAUACUUGGUGUUGGGUCUGAAGUUAAUACUUUUAAUAUCCCUGGUGUACAGCAGCAUGCACUCUUUCUUAAGACAGCAGCAGACGCAGAGAGGAUCAGAGGGAGGCUUAAGUGCUGUUUAGAGGCAGCAGCAAGUGCAAACAUAUCUGAAAAAGAAAGACAAGAGCUUCUUACUUUUGUUAUUGUUGGUGCGGGGCCUUCGGGUGUAGAAGCAGCAGCAGAGAUACAAGACUUCUUAAACACCACAGGCGCUCGGGUGUAUCCGCAGCUGCAGCAAUAUUUCAAAGUUGUGCUGCUCGAGAUGGGUUCAGUGCCUCUCCCUAUGUACAAUACACAAGUGCAGCAAUCUUUAGGAAAUACAUUCUCUAAGAGCGGGGUUGAUCUAAGACUUAAUGCUCGAGUAGUUGCUGUGGGGCCCAGCCACGUGCAGGUUCGACGCAUGCAGCCUGCUGCUGCUGCUGCUGUUACUGCAGCAGUAAGAGACACACUAACAGCAACUCGAGGUGGAGGCGCAUCGAAAGACAGUUCAGCAGCAGCAGGAGGUGGCACCUCUGCUGGCGGAGCAGCAGCAGGUGCAGCAGCAGCAGCAGCAACAUCACCAGCACCAGCAACAACAACAACAGCAGCAGCAGCAGCAGCAACUGAUGAAUGCAUUCCUACUCGGUUUGUCUUAUGGGCUUCGGCCGCCCCCUCUUCAGGUGUAUGCACAGCAACUCUUCAAUCUGGCGAAGAAAGGAGACAGUCAUAA